AUUGGUAUUUCCGUCAGACGAUCACAGAACAGAGCAUAGGAUUGUCAUUUGUCAAUUGUAAAAUAGAUUCUUUUCCUUCUGUUUCCGGUAAAGUAGUACAAGACAACAUGCCGUUCUCACGUUUUGUAGAAACUGGGCGAGUAGCUUUAAUUUCGGAUGGACCAGACAAAGGCAAACUUGCUGCAAUUGUAGAUGUAAUCGAUCAAACUAGGGUUUUGGUUGAUGGCCCAGAAACAAAAGUUUCCAGACAACCAAUAAGGUUAAAUCAAAUACAUUUGACCAAAUUGAAAAUUCGCUUUCCUUACACAGGAUCAACUCGUGUUGUAAGGCAAGCUUGGAAACAGGGAAAAAUAAAUGAGAAGUGGUCUCAAACUGUUUGGGCUCAAAAGCUAAUAGCCAAGAAGAAGCGUGUGCAGCUUACUGAUUUUGAUAGGUUUAAACUCAGAAGGGCAAAAUCAGUAAGAAACAAAAUCCGUACUGAAGCAUACUACCGAUUGAAAAAGGUGGCUUCCAGGGAUGGUACUUUGUAUGGUAAAAAGAAAAUGCCUAAAAGUGGAGCUAAACCUAAGCCCAAACCCAAGAAAGAAAAAGCUCCUAAGAAAAAAUAAAUUGUAAUUUAACUGUUAAUAAAACUUUUUUAAAUACAA